AUGAUGAAGGUGAACAAGAGUGGGGAGAAUGGAUAUCCUUGCCGGACACCCGUUUUUGUGGGAAAGCUUUUACAGGGUGAUAUGGAUCAGUGGUUAGAGCGCGAAUUUACUGACCGGAAGGUCCGUUCGAAUCCGACCUCUGCCUCUCGACUACCCCUGUCUAGGCUUGGGGAACCUGGCAGUAUCCCAACCCUUGAGCUUCCUUCUGGUGACAUGACAGAUGAUACUAUACCCCCGGGUGGUAAUGGGUUCAGACCGGCAGAGAUCCCAGAAACAGAUACUGGCUUGGAUGAGUUCUUCAAGGAAGUUGAAGGCAUCCGUGAAUCUAUAGACAGAAUCCAGAAUAUCAUCAGUCAGCUACACAUCAAGCAUACUGAAGUUCUAGCCGCUCCUCAGCAGAAUGAACGAACCAAACAGGAGAUUGAAGAACUCACAGAUACCGUAAAAAACAGUGCAGGUCAAGUGCGACUAAAGCUAAAACAGUUGGAACAAGCCAUUCAUGAACAGGAAGCCAAAGAUCCCUCCGUGGCCACCGUCCGAGUGCGGAGAACACAGCACUCAACCAUUACUCGGCGGUUUAUGGACGUCAUGGCCGCAUACAAUAAAGAGCAAACCGACUAUCGUGAUGCAUGUAAAGCACAAAUCAAGCUGAAACUGGAAAUCGCCGAAUGUCCCAGAACAGACGAGGAACUCGAGCAGAUGUUGGAAUCAGACAAUCCCCAGAUUUUCACUCAGGGGAUUCUCAUGGACACACAACAGGCCCGACAGAACGCCGCUGAUAUCGAGGCUCGUCACGAGGACAUCCUAAAGCUAGAGAAAAGCAUCCGAGAACUUCACGAGCUGUUCAUAGACUUGGCUGCUCUUGUCGAUUCACAAAGUGAGCUUUUGGAUCGGAUAGAAUACAAUGUUGAUGCAACCCAAGAUCACAUCACAGGCGCCGUGAUAGCAACAAAAAAGGCGAAAGAAUACCAGAAAAAGUCGCGGAAGUUUUCUAAUUCGUCCACCCGUACCCUUGAUACAUUUCAACAGAGCUUUCCGAUUCUAACCUUGUUUGAUAUUGACCUUAUGGAAACAUUGUUUUGCUCACCAAAUAGCCGUAUCACCAGUCCUUUCGACCCGAUGCAGCUGAUUAUCGCUGGAGUCGUCAUUCUCUUGUUAAUCAUACUGGCAAUCAUAUUGGCCACAACUUUGCGCUGAGACAUCACCUCCCUGUCCGUGGACCCAGGGAGUUAUUUCCUGACCGUUAUUUCCUUCAUCCGAAGGGUAAUCAGUACCUUCCGAUCGUCUAGGUUUGUAUUAGGUUUGCUAGAAAGCAAACACCACGUGCGUAUCAUGUGCCUUGCGAAUUCUGCUCUACGUUCUACACUACCGAUCACUUGCGGCUGCUGCGCGUUGUAUGUGAUGUAAUGGGACUGUUUCCUUACUUUUUCAUUUGUGGCCCGCUUAUUUCUACUUGAUUAAUUGAAGACAAUCCAUCCUAUUACAGAAAUGCAAUACUAUCUUGCUAUUUUACCGCAUGUUUUAUUUUUCAUUCACUCCCCAUCCCUGGGCCCACUUUGGGUAGAAACUGUCAAACUCUUAUUUAUAUGGUAUGCUUCGUAUAUUUUGACUUUAAAAACACGAAAAUUCCAC